AUGAAGUCUCCAUUGGUAGCUGCGACAGCAGCACUCGGUCUGCUAGGCCAGGGGGCGAACGCCAUUUCCUUAACUUUAGGUGACGACACUUCCACAAAAAACGCUGCUGGUACCGUCGCAUACGGUUUGAUGAAGUUUUACACAGGCAAUAACACUGGCGACAACCCUGGAAACCUACCAAGCCCUUACUAUUGGUGGGAGGCCGGUGCUAUGUUCGGUACUAUGAUCGAUUACUGGUUUUUUACGAAGGAUUCGACCUACAACAAUGUCACGAUGCAAGCGAUGCUUUGGCAGGCUGGAAAAGAUGGCAGUUUCAUGCCCACGAAUCAGACAUUGACCGAAGGAAACGACGAUCAAGGAUUUUGGGCCAUGGCUGCCAUGUCCGCGGCUGAAAACGUCUUUCCCAACCCGCCGUCCGAUCAGCCAGGGUGGCUGGCAAUGGCUCAGGCCGUCUUCAACCAAUAUGUCGGCCGAUGGGACCCCAAUUGUGGUGGAGGUCUCCGCUGGCAGAUUUUCCAAUGGAACAAGGGUUAUGAUUACAAAAACUCCGUCGCCAACGGUUGUUUCUUCAAUGUUGCCGCUCGAUUAGCCCGCUACACUGGCAACCAAACAUAUGCAGACUGGGCACAGAAAGUAUGGGACUGGGAGCAGAAAAUCGGUCUCAUCGGAGACCAGUACCAGGUCUACGACGGUUUGAGUAUCGAUUCGAACAACACAUGCGGACAAAUGGAUCAGAAUCAGUGGACUUACAAUGCAGGUUUAUAUAUGGCCGGCGCUGCUGCCAUGUAUAACUACACCAAUAACGCUACCUGGAAAGCCAACUUGGAUGGCAUAGUCAAAGAAACGCAAUCGAAAUUCGUCAACAACAACGUCGUUUACGAGCAGUUUUGCGAGCCCCGAGGCUUCUGCAGUGUUGAUCAGAGCACAUUCAAGGGUUACCUCCUUCGCUACAUGGCCGCUACCGUCAAAAUGGCCCCUUAUACUGCCACUACUCUCAUGCCACUCCUCAAGGCUGCCGCCACUGCUGCUGCCUCCGUCUGCACUGGUCCAGCAUCCGGCACAUUCUUUGGAAUUACAGGCACAGGAUGUGGCUUCUCGUGGAUGCAACCAGGCAAUUAUGACGGCAAGAACGGCGUUGGCUCGCAAAUGAACGCUCUCGAUGCCGUUAUGUAUACCAUGGUCCAGGAAGCUCCCGAUUUGGCAACGGCGAAAAAGGGUGGUACAUCCAAGGGCGAUCCCGGCGCUGGAAUGGGCAACAUUGACCCCGCAGGCGAGAUUGAUAAUGUUACAAAGCCUACGACCGGUGGAAAGGUUGGAGCAGCGAUCCUCACUCUCCUGUUGCUUAUCAGUGUCUUGGCUGGCAGCGCGGUGCUACUGCUAUGA